CGUAACAAACGCUUAAAAGCGUAGAUAGAAACGAGUUCUUUUACGAGCUCCGCAAACAAAGGUUCCAUAUACCAGCGGCAUUCUAGGUAGGGUAGGCACAACCCAAGUGACCCGAAUAAGCGCAAUCAUGAGUUUGGUGGGCAAGAAGCUCAGUUCCAUGGCAUCUGGAGGCGGUGCGGCGACUUCCUCCGCAGGGGACGAAGCGGCCACGUCCUCGCCCACAACUCCGACGGUCACUGGAACCGCACCGAGCAUCAUCACGCCGGAAUAUGUGUUGCAGUUGAACAAAAUCGCUGACGAUUACCUCUGCACGCCCGAUGCAAACAUCUACGAGAUCGAUUUUACUCGCUUCAAGAUACGCGAUCUGGAAUCGGGUGCUGUACUUUUCGAGAUAGCGAAACCAUCGGUCAGUGACAUUACGCAAAGCGGCCACAGUGCCGCCGGUGCGGGGGGUGAAUCAACGCCCGACGUUGCAAACGAAGCCACGAGCGGUGAAAAUCCGGCCCCAACCACGGCUGAGGAUGUAGAAGAAACGUUCGAACCGAACGCUGGACGUUACGUGCGGUACCAAUUUACGCCUCAAUUCCUGAAGCUCAAAACCGUCGGUGCAACGGUCGAGUUUACCGUUGGCAGCAAGAGUGUGAAAAACUUUCGCAUGAUCGAGCGGCACUUUUUCAAGGAUCGGUUACUGAAAACGUUCGACUUUGAGUUUGGAUACUGCAUUCCCUUUUCUAAAAAUACUUGCGAACACAUCUACGAGUUCCCCGCCAUCCCGCCGGACCUAGUGAACGAAAUGAUUCAACAUCCGUUCGAGACCCGUUCCGAUAGCUUCUACUUCGUCGAUGGUGGCCUGGUGAUGCACAACAAGGCAGAUUACGCGUACAACGGUGGUGGUCUGUGAACGCCACUCGGUUGCCGGCCACAAACGGGAUCCCUGGCGAGAACGGCGCCAGAUGUUACCGCGAUACGACUUUGUUUUGUUGCCUUUCGUUGUUGCGCCGUGUUGUGUUGGUGAUCAACGUGGUUCUCGAUCCGAGCAAGCGUGCGGUGAAACCAACUUUUCGCCAAAUACACGCGAUUCGAACGGGGCGACUCGUGCUGAGUUUGUGAAGUGCAGCAAGGAUGGAAAUUGGGAAACCGCAAGUAUCCGGCAUUCCCAAUAACCCAAUAACCGAGGCCGAGCUAACGCGUGAUGAGGGCAGGAAAAAAAUAAACAAAACAGGUACGUUAAUAUACUUAUAGUAAAUGCAGAAGCCAGAGAUAAAAAGCAGGGUACACCGGAGGCAAAAAGACAUUAUCGAAAAUUCCCUCACCGGCCAACCGUCAUCGAAAUGGUCAACCGACACUAAAAGGUCACACACAGGUUCCGUUAUGGGCGCUUUAAAUAUAUUUAUUGUAAGAAUUGGAAGGUUUUUAAAACGAGGCGAAAUAUGAAUCUAGUCCAGAAUAGGCGCCGCCUACUCCAACGUUAAACGAUGUACGAGAGCAGCAGCACACAGCCUGCUAAGCAAUGCCAAUUAAAAGUGUGACCAGCACGACUCUAGAAAAUGAAAACGAUCGCCGACGUAGGACAGAACUCUAAUCACCUUUCUUGCCUUAAUUAUUUGUUUGUUAUUGUGGUGAACGGGAACAGGGGAAAUCAAGGGUGGAAGAAAAAGGCAUAUGAAUGUAUUAAGCAUAAAAACAUAAACACACCACAGGCUCCCAGACCGAUCGGUUCGCGCGAAUUAAAAAUAGACUAGCGUUCUGUACAUCCACGGUACAGUCGCAUUCGAGGGCUUGCUGUGGUGGUAUACCGCCGCCCGAACGAAAGUUGAAUGUGUUUUGAUAGCAAUGAAUCAAUGUUGAUGGGAUUUUGUACCAAACCGUUUGCGUCCGUUGGCUUUUGUAUGUUGUGUACCUCUGCGAUCGAACUUCAGUUAAAACUAAGCGACAACAAAGGCAUAGCUAUUCGAUAGUUUAGAGAGCAUUCGCCACGAAUCUUUCAUCCAUGAACUAAAUUGACUAAUUCAUAAAUGACUCUAUUGCGGAUAAUUAUGUUUGACAAAAAUGUUACAGAAGGUCACCUGGGGAAGACAGAGCACAGUUUUUGCUUCAAACGGCAGGAAUCUCUCACGAGCAACAUUUGGGGUUUCGGUCGGUCAUCGUCCCGUCGGGUAUUGCGCCUCGCAAAUAUCACGGUUUACACCACCGUGAACCCCGUCCGUGUGUCGUCCGUCCGUUAUGGCUCACGACACGCGAUUUCUUGUACCGCCGUCGGCAGUUGGCGGUUCGUGUCCGUGGGAUCGAUUAGGGUUUCGUUUGCACCUUCGCGAACGACGAAUUCAGCUGACCACGGCUUACGGCAGGUGGCUGAAAACCGAAUUUUUAUGUACCUUCGCCACCGUAGCACCCUCGCGACCAAUCCCCGAAUGGGUGACAAACAUAAUGUCCUAAAUCUUCUCACACCACAAACCGCGUCGCUUGCGUGACCGCAUGCAAUGACCGUGGCUCGGAAGUGUUAUUGACGCCACCUAUCAGUUUGUAUUCAUAUGGGGUCAAUAUCAUGAACCAAAAAAAUCCCUUCCAUUGCUUUUACCUUUCUAUUACUUUUAAGUUACAACUCUUUUUAGCAGGAAGUGGCUUAAUUCACCUCAUUUAUCGUGGCAUUUUUCAUUGCAAGGAUAAAGCAAAACAUAUCUUUUGGAAGCGCUAAAGGCAUUUCAAACGUUUGCAUUUCCGACACGGAACGGCUCCCGACUGACUGUUCUCUCGCUCUCUCUAGAGUAGAUUGUUUUACUCGUUUCGUCGUUAGGAACGAUGCGGGCAAGGAUUAACGAAACCGGCAAUGGGACAAAACCUGUCUGCACCCAAAACGCAAACGAGUGCGAUAAUGAGAUACGAAUGCAAAUUUGGUCUUCGCGACCGGCCACGGGCCACACAAGCCAUACAAGCCUCUGCAACUGCAGCCUCUCUCGUUCACCAAAACACCUCAAAGCCAUGGCCGAACUAAUUAGUAAAACAUUCGAAAGCAAGUAGCGUGCAGUAAUAGCAACUGAAUAUAAAUCAACUGAAAACAUAUUUGUAUCACAUGAUAUAAUAGUUGUCACCAGAAAAGAAAUAAUAAGAACACACCGGAAUAGUUAAAGCGCCCUUGUAAUAGAUGAGAAAAUGCUUUGAUGUUCAGUAACACACAACUAAAUAUGUAGUAAAGCGAAUAGGCGUCCGUAAUGAAAAAGAACUGAGUUUUAAAGAACCUUAUUAUUGCCCAGUACACCGUGUCGCGACAUCAAUGCAGGGCCAGAAAUCGAUAGCGUUGAUUUAGUGAACGUUUUAGUUAUAUGAAAAAACCGCGAUUAGUCAGUGUUUUAGCGUUAAGCGGGCUUUGGAAAUCCGUUUUGAAAUUGUAAUGCGCCGGAGAGUCCCAAGCCUGUCGGUAGGUUGGAAGUAAUGGCAUAGUCAUUUACGAUAAGUUUCUUCAACUUCCGCGUCGCAACCGUUGAUCGUUUUUACUCAAAUUUUUGGAAAUUGCGGUUGCGUUUAGUUGUGUGGUUGGUACACGGAAAUGUUUAUCCUUUUUAUACCAAUACUCUUGGCAAGAAUCAGCACAUUUGGGAGUUGUUUGUUUCGCACGUGUGAGUGUGUCUGUAACACAUUGUUUGAUUUUCCUACCCUUAUGACCACGUACCGAUUGCACAAGACUUCCUAUUCACGCCCGGCCAAAAACCCGAAUUUCAAACGUACCACCAGCACCACGCAAAGGCCACACUAUACUGUUUAGUUUUUGUAAUGUGUUUAGAUGUUAAACAAUUGGUGGUCAAAUUACUAUGGUGCAUGAUGAAGGCGUCAAAAAAGCGGCAUUUGCGGCUGCGCUGAGCCGACAAGAGACUAAACCCUACUGCACUUAAUUCUAGUCUGUUUGGUACCAGUCGUCGUGGCAGAAAGUUGCCAAUAGAAUGGCGAUGAAGCGAUAAAACUUAAAAAUUUACAACAAAUCAAGAAGAGACAAAAAGGAUAACCAGCACAGUCAGUGUGAACUUUUUCAGCGUGUGUGCGCCAGGCAUUGUCCACAGUUAAUGCACCGCACUGCAGUAUGCCGCCCAUUCGGAAAAAAACGAAAACGUUACCAGCAAAACAAUGAACCAUACGCAAUAAGAAAUAAAUAAAUUACCAAAAUUCAAACAAUAUUUAGAUAAUAUGCGCCAUGCAGUGAUGUAGUGCGCCCGUAGUGCUGAGGCUAGAAACAGUAGAAUGGUGCGAGUAGAAGCGGAUGGCAAAAGCGGACAAACCAUUAGUAGAAACGAAAUUCGGGUAGUGUUUGUGUUUUUUGAACAAAAACAAUGUUCCUUCGCCGACAAUGUUGCAACACACUGAGGGUAAGCUAAACAAAAAGAAACCAAAAAGCUAUUAAGAAAAGUUGUGAACAAAGUAAGAAAACAAAAUCUCUAUGCUUCUCCAUCGCUAGCGAGAAGAAGGCGAUAAAAUGAUAAAACCAAAAGCAUCAAAACUAUCACCGCGUAGCGACAUACUUUUACCGAAUCUUAGCUAAAAUUGAAGUUACACAAGCGCAACCGAACGCAUGGGAGGCAAUACGCUGCGCAAAACACGUGUCGGGUGGAACGCCGGGGGAAUAGGUAUGUUGGCCGGUGGUGCUGAUAGGAUGAUAGGUUUGGGGUC